GCUCUCCUCGAUGCCCAUGGCCAGGUGAGGCAGGGCUGGGGGGCGUCGCUGGGAUCCUCGGGGAAGCGCACAGUAGGCAGAGGAAGCGGGAGCCACGCUUGCUCAGCCCGACCCAAAAGCGUAGGGGAUGCUCAGUGCCAAGGUCCACGCGGGGAAGCGCCCAGUGGGGGCCCCUAGUGAGUGGUUAUUCGCUGGGGCCAGUAGCACCAAGCCGGCAGGGGUAGAGUUACCCAGGCUGGCUGGGAUGCCUGCUUAGUCCCUCCCCUAGAGGGGGCGGGAGCAGGAGCAGGAGCUGGAGCUGCCGCCCGCCCGCCAGCCAGCCGCACGCCUACCCGCCGGGGUCCCAGCCCUACCACAGCUCCCGCGACUCCGGCUCCCGUUGGGUCGGCUUCCUCUUUCCCUCCGCCAUCUCCCCCGUGGCCACCCCAGCCCUGCCUUUGCCCCUGUCCUUGCCCCCAGUUAUGUCUCCUCCGGGGCUGCCCUGGGCCCCAGCGCAGCAGCUCGCUGGAAUAUUGUUCUUCAGCCUGUUGGCUCCUCUGGUGUUGGCAGAUGAAGACUGCCUGUGGUAUCUGGAUGGGAACGGCUCGUGGCAUCCCGGGUUUGACUGUGAAGCCUCCUUCUGCUGUGGGACCUGCUACCACCGUUUCUGCUGCAGAGAUCUCUCCAGAAUCAUCACGGAGAGGCAGCAAAAGCACUGCCUGGCCUUUAGCCCCAAGACUAUCGCCGGUAUUGCCUCAGCUGUGAUCCUGUUCAUUGCCGUGGUAGUCACCACCAUCUGCUGCUUCCUCUGCUCCUGCUGUUACCUCUACCGCCGACGCCAGCAGCUUCGCACGCCCUUAGAAGUUCAAGAGAUCCCAAUGACAGGCUUCCCCAUCCAGCCGAUGUACCCGUAUCCUCAGGAUCCAAAAGCUGGCCCCGCACCCCCCCAGCCAGGCUUCGUGUACCCACCCAGUGGUCCUGCCCCCCAGUAUCCUAUGUACCCAGCUGGUCCCCCAGUCUACAAUCCUGCAGCUCCUCCUCCCUACAUGCCAUCACAGUCCACUUACCCUGGGGCCUGAGGAAGCAGUCCGGUAUUUCUGCAGUCUUCCCUCCAGGCAGCACUGUUCUGAGGCAGACCCUAAUUUCUCCACCUUGUUCCAUUGGUGGGAGAGGAUCAUGCAGAAGGACCUAUCCAUGGACAUUGAGCAUCAUACCAAGUGGACAGAUACAUUGAUUUGGGAUAGGCUCCCUGACGGCAUGGAACAGUCAUGGGACACCUAUUGGGAAGGGACUUUGGGGCUAGGGAGAUGGUGGCAUUAUUUUUAACAUGGGAAGAAAGAUAGGAAGUGUUGAGAAGGAAAGCGUGGUGGAUGAGGGCACACCCUGUGCCCUGGUAAGUAGUGCCCUCCAGCAGGCCACCUUCAGGAGGGUUGUUGCUUACCCACGUUUGCUGCUCUUUCAACUAUCACAACCCAUCAGAGUGGAAGUGGAAGAGGGCCACGCCUAUGGGUCACCAAUCAUCCUCUUCUCCCUUCCUUCCCACUACUGCCCCACAAAUCAGGGCUCUCCCCCCAGAUUAAACCUGUAAAUAGGUAAUACGUCUAAA